AUGUCAGAGAUUAUUUCAAAAUUUACUUCCACCAUGGAAGAAUUCUGUGAGGUUUCGAGAUGGAUUAAUCAAUGUAUUUCAAAUUCAAAACCACUGGAAAUAACAGACCUUACUAUGAUUAAUAAUAAAAUUGACGCACUAUAUUUGAUUGCAGAAAAUUAUGAUAAAUCGUUUAGAACAAAUAUAGUGAAUUUUCCUUCAGAUUUAAUAUUAAGGGUUGAAAACAAUGCCUCAAUCUUAUGGAAUUCAAUUGCAAUUGCUUUAAAAGUUGAAAAUAAUCAAGAGAAUUUAAAGACAUUCGUUCGAUGCGAUUUAUUCGCAACAAUCCUAUUAUCAAUUCAUGAGGCUAUUGAUACAGGAAUCACAAAAAAAUUAAGGGUAUUUAAGUGCUAUAUUAUAAUUCUAAAACAAAUUACGAAGUUUAGUAAUAGUGACGCUUGGUUACAGCUAUUAAAAGAAACUACUUUUCUUUUAGAAAAAUGGUUUCAAAUUAUUGAAAACGCAUUUUCUAAUACUUCUGAAACUCCAUUCACAGAAGGUGAAACCUUAGAAUUCAAACAAUUAAAAUUCGAAUAUUUUCUUCUAAAUAUGCAAUUAACUAUAAGAAAUGGAAACUUUGAAACAGCGAAGCUCUACGAAUCACAAACCGACAUACCAAAUAACAUAGAUAAGUUGGAUCCGCCAUUGUUAUUAGAGUUAUGCCAAAUAAUAUACAAUUCAACAGUUGAUUUAAAAGAGUUAAAAUCAGUAAAGUGUACUAAACCAGGACAUAUCACCCAGCAAUUUACAGAUUCUGACCAUUUAGAAGUCAUAAAAUUUAUAAUUUAUUUUCUCAAAAAAGCUUUAGAAUAUCUAUCUCUUGAUGUUAAAGGAUUAAAAGGUAACCUAGAAUACAGUAACAUAAGAUAUAAUAUCUUAUUAUUCCUAACUGAUUCAUUUAUUAAUUUUUAUGAGCAAUUAGAUAGUAAUAUUGAGGAUUGUCAAUUUUAUUUAAAUAUGCUACAGAAUGAAUAUCCCAAAAAUACAGAGCCAUUUCAGCUUGCUAUUAAACUUUGCAAAAAAAAGGUUUCUCAAAAUCAAGAAGUAAACAUAAAAGAAAUAUUAAUGGGACUAAUAACCUCUGUAGAUAUUUACAUUCAUUUAGACACAAUUUUAGGGUGUAUAAGUGAUUUUGCUGAAUUAUCUACAAGUGAUGCUGUAAUAAUUCUAGAUUACUUAUUAAAUAAUAAGGUAGAUUUUGAUUCCAAUAGUGAUAUUGCAGAAAAAAUUAUUCUUUCUCGUUAUUACUUAACAGUCCAAUCCAAAACUCUCACAAUUCAGGAAAUAAUAUCAAGCAUUAUAAAAUUUUCAGAACUAAUCAAACGUUUAAUUGUUCAUAACUUUUCUAAACAUAUAGCUGCUAGCAUAAUAACAUUAUUAUGGAAUGCAGGGAAGAAAUUUGAGAAGGAAGAAAUGUUUAAUGAAUCUGUUGAAUUUUAUAAAUUAUGUUUAAUUCCACUCAUUUCAGAAAAAUAUAAUGAUAAGAUUAAAUUAAAACGUGCUUUACUUUCAGCAUAUAUUAAAAGCAAUGACUAUAAAAUGGCACAUAAUUUAUUUAAUGAGUUCUCUAACGAAGAGCAAAUGAAUCCUUUAAAUCAAUUUUAUAUGCUAAGAUUAACAUUUUUGGAAAAAAAUAUUGAUGACACUCUUAAACAUUUAAAACUCAUAGCAGACUCCAAUUUUGAUAAAACUAUUGAUAUUUUGCUUCUAGCUGUGGUAGAAAUUAAAUCAAAUUCUCAAUUAUUACUAGAAGGUGUGAAUUUAUUGUUUCAAAUUUUAGAUGAUAAGCAAUUAAAUGACAAAAAACUAUCUGAAUAUUCUAUUCCUACUCUGGCAGUGAUUCGGUAUUCGAUACAACUUAUAUUGAAGACACAUGACGAAUUAGAUCUAAAAGAUUUCUUGAAGAAGUAUUCAUCAACAAUUUUAAGUCUUUUAGAAAAAGGAUUUGAAUUUGCUAAUAGAAUCUGUAUAAUUAAAAAAAUACCAAAAAUUAAUGUCGAAAACAAUGCAACUUUAGAGACAGUUUCUGUAAGUGAUAUCGAAUGGUUUUCUUCUACAUCGUAUAAUAUUUCCGUUAAGGGAUUAACUGAACCUCUUUGUGCACAACCUUUUGUUAAGCUAUCCAAAAAAUUUUUUAGUUUAGUUCCAACAAAUGAAUUUUCUUUUCCUAAAAGCUUCCAUUAUUGGUUUUGGAAGACUAGGACAGAUAUUUUAGAAAUAGUAAUAGAAAAAGAUCUAAUAGAUAUGGAAAAUAUUGCUGCUUGGAAAUCCUUAUACCAGAAAUCUGAUUUUUUACUACAAAAUGUUAUAGAGAAGAAAAAUUCAACUGAAUUUAUUGAAGAAAAUACAGACUUAGAGAAGAAUCAGAUAAAAGAGUGUAUAAAUGACGCCACAAAAGUUAAUAUUGAAAUUCUAAUAUAUCUUAAGGAAAAGUUGAAGAUUAACGCACUAUUAGAACACAACGAAAUAUCAAGCAAUUUUGAAAUUUAUUCGUACAUUGAGUCCCUAUUGCUUUCAAAGAAUUUCAAGUCUGAAAUCUUAGGCUGCGAUAUUUUGUUAAAACUUUUCCAAAAAAAUGUUUUCAAUACAGAGGUAAAUUGCGUUACUCUUUGCUUUUGGCUUAGAGUUUUGCUGGAAUGGUCAAUAAGAAAUAACUAUAGUAUACCUAUUGAUAUUAUAAGAUGUAUACAAACAAGGAUUAAAAAUAACACAACUUCUUCAGCUGAGGAUAUAAAUUAUAUAUCAGAAGAACUCGAAGUAAUAGUAACUUUGUGUUGGAAUAAAGGAAUUAAUUUUAUAAUUGAAGAACAAAAGUCAUUGGGUACUGAUUGGUGCUUAAGUGCUAAAGAUUGUGCUUACCUUGUGACUGAUAAUUUGGGUAAGCAUUUUGAAGACUUGUGGAAAUCCUUAAAUGAUUCUGCAAAAAUCAAUGAUUAA